CGCCGACGAGGCCCGCGUCCUCAUCCCUCGCGCCCGGAGCCGCCGCCGAUGACAAGGCCGGGUGGCGCGGACUUGUCGGCGCCGCCUCUCCCCAUCCGCAGCCGCGCUCGCCCGCCGCCGCCGCCGCCGCCGCCGCCGCACCGCCACCGCUCUCUCCCGCCGACGCCACACCGCUCUCGCCCGCCGACGCCGCCUCUCCGCAGCCGUGCUCGCCCAGUCGCCCAGAGAAGAUAAGAGAGGAGUGAGAGAGAGAGAGGAGAAAGGGAGAGGAGGGGAGAGGGUGGUGACGUGGCCAGCUGACAUGUGGGGCCCACGUGGGUCCCACGUUGACUCAGCCGCCACGUAGACCAAAACCGGGGUCAAAAACACCCAAGGAUCUCAGGUGACCUGUUUUGUAUAGUUAAGGGACCCCGUAUAUCUGGUUUUGCGGUUCGAGGAUGUUUUUGGUAUCCCGAUGACAAGUUGAGAGACCUUCAGUGUACUUUUUCCCACCUACGUAAGCUGCCUAGCCCAUUUGCAAGUUGCGAUGGGCUUGGCCCACUUAAGAAAACCUAAGCCCCCCCCAUUGCUACCUUCUCACUCCCUGUCCUCCCAAGUCCCAAUCCCCAGCCGCCACCCACACACAAGCGCGCCGUUGGCCGUCGCCGCUGCACGCCGGCGCCACGCCACCUCGUGGCCUUCGCCGCCGCACGCCUCCCUGACCCGGAUUCCGGAGUCCAGCCGCUGCUCGCCGUCGCCAGCUCAUCUUCGCGGGCUCGCUUUUGCUCUCGGCGCAGCGGCGCGGCGCGGGCGGUGGCCGGUGGCCGGUGCCCUCGCCGACUCGGCUUUGAGUCGCCUCGCCUCUCCACCUCUGAUCCUACUCCGGCUCUCCGGCGACACCGCUCCUCAAAAAAAAAAAAAAACGUCGCCUCGCCGACCACGAUGAGGAGAGGACAUCCCGGAUACACUCCAAGAAUUACAUCUCGAAUGACGUUGAUGAGGAAAAUUGCCUGGGCAGCAGCGUUUUAAAUAGCAGGCUAAGACAUUUAGCGAUGCAAGGAGGAGGACUUGUUCCUUGAAUCAUUCCUCGCCUCCCAAAUGUCCCAAAGGGUGACUGCUAACACUGUGUUUUGGAGGCACUAACUCCUCUUCAUGAAAUCUGAAAUCCACUGUCUCAUACUUGUUAGUUCGUCCCUGCAUAAACUAAUCGGGAAAGUUGAUCUCACUUCGUCCCACACAGCAGUUGCGAAGGGGCACAAUAGGAGAACGUGUUUGAUAGUCAAAGCCACAUCUGAAUAACAAUUUUAAAAGCAGGAAUGCUUUUGUUUGAGCAUUGCAUUUAUCUACAGUAAAGCUAUGCAAUAUUUGUUCAGAACGAAACUUAUUAGGUGGAUUUGCAACUUUUAAUGGUAUAUCGAAUUUGUGGAUUUGGUAGUUCUGAUUCCUCUCUGAAUAACAGAUUAACAGUUAUGCCUCAAAUAUGAGAUAAGAGAGGUUGGAAAAUUAUAGUUGUGGAUUUUUGGAUUGAAUUCAGUAGCUCAUUUUGUUUCAAUUAUACACUUGUUGGUAAGUUUUUGCAUUGUCUGUAAUUUAUUUUUAACUUUGCUGCAACCAACCAUUGUAGCUAUGAGCCUGGACCAGCAUUUGAGGAGAACAGCGAAGAGGCUAUGCUUGACAUAUCACAAACAGAGUCAACGGAACUUUGGCUAAUACAGUGGCCUCUAAAUCAGUUAGAUGCGUCUGAUUUUCAUGGUCAAGAACUUACUCUUAAGUUGCACCGUGAUGGAAAAUUGAGCAGUUUGGAGAGUUCCUCGGGGAAGUCUUAUGAUCUUGUCAGCUUUGCUGCUCAGCAACCAGAUGCAACUGUUUUCCUUCCAUCCGGACCAGAAGCAAAAGCUGUUGGGAAGAUUGCACGUCGAGUUAGCUUAGUUCGUUAUCCUGACCCUGAAGAACUGGAGAAGCCAGGUUUGGGGAGUCUCACUCCUAGCAGUAAGAAAUCUGCAGGUUCUUCAAAGAAGACGAGGUCUCGGUUCACUAGCGGGUCGAAGAACCGCAGCAGCCAAGGCUCAGCGCAAUCGCUGGGCCAACAGAGUGCCGAGCCCGCGCACAAGCACAAUCAGAAGAGAAAGGAUGAGAGCAGUUUGGGGCACUCGAAUGUAUCGGGCAAGUCGGCCGAAGGAUCCCAGGUUCGUGGUGGCGACAGCGGCACGACCUCGGAGGUUCCUCAGACGCCUGUGGAGAAAUCCAAGAAGAAGAACAAGAAGGUUAGGAUCGCCGAGUAAGCAGUAUCAUCGUAGCUCAGGGGGUCAGGAGAAGAGAGGUUAAUUUUCCCUGAACUGUCAGCAUCCCCCGGAGCUUUGCAAGAAAGGCGCAUUUUGUUUGGCUCAGUUGCAUUUUUGCGAUGAGGCUCGAGUGCCAUAGCACCUUUUUUUGUUUUUUUUUUGAAGAAAUGCUGAAACGACGCUAUUUUACUACUCCAUCCGUUUCACAAUGUUAGUCAUUUUAGCAUUACCCACAUUCAUAUUGAUGUUAAUGAAUCUAUCUAUUGAUAGCAUCAAUAUGAAUGUGGAAAAUGCUAGAAUGACUUACAUUGUGAAACUGAGGGAGUAGUAUCUUUGGUCCUAGCUCAGCUAAGAAAAUGUGCGUAGAAAGAAGAAACUGUGCAAUCACACGAGCUGAGGAUUGGGCCAUUUUGUUGGUCCAAUCGUAAUUUGUACGUGUAGACCAAUAUUCAAAAGUGCAUUUUCGUAUAUAAUUGUAGUUUCAGUAUGUCGUA